ACAAGCCUCUCCUCGAACUCGUCCGCCAUUCUCUUACCCCUGCAAAACCUUUUGCCCUCUGUUUUCUCCAUCGUUUACGGUUUGAUCACCCUGGUUAUGAUAGCAGCCGGCCACCGGGAACCUGAGAGCCCAAGCCACUCUCCAGCUCUCGGUUUCCCUCGCCCCCGCUUCUUCCGUUACCGCCGUUUGCGGUAGCCGGUGGUAACCCCCGGACAAAUCCCGAAAGCCUGCUCCACCAAUCCCCUGCUUCUCUAUUUACAUAACUCAGCCAUGCCCACUUCUAAGUCUCACCGGACGGCGACGGAGGACAGGGGCCGGAGGGGAAAGUUGCCGAAGAAGGCGUCCUCGUUCCACGGCCGCGUUCCGCCGGCGAUCGCGGCGGCGAAGGAGUUGGCCCGACCGAUGACGGCGCCGGAGCUUCUGCCGCCUGCAUCGCUGCCGGAGCCGAGGCCGCGCUUGACAAAGCUGCUGUUGAACGUGACGGUGCUCGGCAGCGUCGGGGCUGUGCAGGUGGUGAUGACGCCGGAGUCGACGGUCGGAGAUCUGGUGGCCGCCGUCGUGAGGCAGUACGCGAAGGAAGGGCGGCGUCCCGCCCUGGCGUCGGACGAUCCGCCGCCCUUCGACCUCCACUAUUCGCAAUUCAGCUUAGAAAGUUUGGAUAGGGAGGAGAAGCUGAUGGCAUUAGGAUCGAGGAACUUCUUUGUCUGUCCCAAGAAGGCCAUCGCUGGCGGUCCGGCCGACAGCUACGGCGGUUGCUCGGCGGCGGCGACUUCGUCGUGCUCUUGCGAAGCUCAGAAAGCCGCAAAGACCGGAUUCAAUUGGUUGAAGUUCAUUGAUUUCUUGCUACAGUAGUUGGCUGCUUCAUCGUCCAGACCAUCUCCGAUCACCUUCGCCAUAGGCGCAGAGAUAAUCGCGAUCAUUUAGUAGAAUAUCCUCCAUAGAAAGUAUGAGCGCCGCGAUUCGAAUCCAACCUGAUCGCGAUUUUUGUGUAGAUUUCAAAUUUUUUUUUUGGGGGAUUUGUACAGAGUUUCCCUGUUCUUGGGCCAAUGUAUGUAGAGCUUCUUCUGUCAUGUGAAAUUUAAUGCGGUGUUGUUGCAAUGAAGAGCUUUGUCGUCUUAUUAAUUCAUCCUUUAAGACAAAUUCCUCC